AAACGUUAUUGAGAGAUAUUAACCAAUGGAGCGUAAGGUCGUUUUCAAAUUGUGCUGUGAUUGGUUACUUUCCAAUUUCUUCAUAUGUCCAUUGGUUGCGCUUGUCCAAUCACAGGUCACAAAUAUUUCUUGUGAUUGACACCGCUGUAGUCCAAUGAACACCUCGCCGGCUUGUCUGUGAUUGGUCCAAUGUCUUGUUGUGGGCGGGUCAUCGUGAUGUUUUGUGAUGGGAUGGAAAAUGGCGGCUGUUCGGAAACCGCAUUAACUUUACCAUACUAGUAACAAGAGCUGCAACAAUUUACGCCCUUUUCGUGCAUGAAAAAUAUCGGAAUAUUGCUAUUUUACACGACUUCAGGUCAUAUUGAGUUUUUUAAUCGAUAUAGACAGGACGACUCCCAAAACGCUGACAUUUGCUGGACACGACUUAGUAUCGUGAAGGCAAGGAACAAAGCUCGAGUAUUUAGACAGUCUUAAUUUUAUGAUAAUGAUAUUUUUAUGGAAAUUUCCACUGCCGUUCAGUGUGUUACGUUAAUGUAAGCUUCGCAUAUCCAGUCGACGUUGUUUCAUCAAAUGUGUUAGUGUAGAAAAACGUUAGUUUGAAAACGUUAACGUGAUUUGAGUUUUAGAGCUCUACAAACACAGCAACGUAUUGGUAUCUCAGUUAGCUAGCGUUGGUCAGGAGUCUCUAUUACUUUGUUUUUUUGUAACAUAAGCUAAAUUAACGCUCGCUGAGUAGUAAAGCUACCGAGCGUUGUGAACACACGCCUUCCAGCUGUUUGUUUACUAUCCAGUGGAGCCAAGUGGCGCGGCGGUUCAGUUUAAGGUCGUUUUCUGAUGGGUUCACGUUACCUUCGUACUCCGUUACCUUAGUUGAAUACCGUUACCUGCAUUUGGCUGGACAGAGCUCCAGGCAUAAUGGAUGACUCCAAGCCAAGGUACAGCAAAAGGCUGCGGGCCGGGACCCGGCGACGUUACCAUGACGAUGGCAUCUCAGAUGAGGAGAUUGAUGGAAGGAGGAUGUUUGACCUGGAGGAGAAAGUCCACAGUCAGAGGUUCAGCUCUGACCAGGUCCUGCGCAUGGAGGGAAAAGACUUCACGUAUGAGUUUGUCCAGAGAGGCGGCCUCAGAGACCCAAUCGUCUUUGAGAAACCUGAAGGACUGGGAAUCAAGAUGCCCGAUCCUGACUUCAGUGUCAAUGACGUCAAGAUGUUUGUUGGAAGCAGACGUAUGAUAGAUGUGAUGGAUGUGAGCACUCAGAAGGGGACAGAGAUGUCCAUGGCCCAGUGGACACGUUACUAUGAGACUCCUCCGUCUCAGAGAGAGAAGCUGUAUAAUGUCAUCAGCCUGGAGUUCAGUCACACCAAGCUGGAGAACCUGGUCAAGAGACCUUCCACAGUAGAUCUAAUAGACUGGGUGGACAACAUGUGGCCUCGUCACCUGAAAGAGAGACAGAGAGACUCAACCAACUCUAUCAAUGACAUGCAGUACCCCAAAGUACAGAAAUACUGUCUGAUGAGCGUUGAGGGCUGCUACACAGACUUUCACAUUGACUUUGGAGGCACCUCGGUGUGGUACCACAUUCUCAGAGGGAGUAAGGUGUUCUGGCUGAUCCCUCCCACCCCUCAGAACCUGGAGCUGUAUGAGAACUGGGUGUUGUCUGGGAAACAGGGAGACGUUUUCCUGGGAGACCGCGUGUCUGACUGCCAGAGGAUUGAACUGAAGCAGGGCUGCACCUUCAUCAUACCCUCAGGUUGGAUCCAUGCCGUCUACACCCCUGUGGACUCUAUGGUGUUUGGAGGGAACUUCCUGCACAGCUUCAACAUCCCUACACAACUUAACAUCUGUAAUAUAGAAGACAGAACACGGGUUCCACUGAAGUUUCGUUACCCCUUCUACUACGAGAUGUGCUGGUAUGUGUUGGAGCGCUACGUCUUCAGCAUGACGAAGACCUCCUACCUCACACCAGAGUUUCAGAAACACACGCUGGGCAUUGGUCUGAAGAAGCCAUCCAACUCAGAUCCAACCAGUGAGCAGGUGAAGGAGGAGGAAGAAGGUGGUGGCAGUGACGAAGAGGCUUCAGAGCAGCAGUCUGACAAGCCUGCAGUUAAAGUUCAUUUGACUCCUCUCGAGCUGGAAGGAAUAUGGAACCUGCUGGGUAAACUGGAGGCUCUACCUUCCAACAAGAAGUGUGUCCCAGCAGGCAUACACAAUGCCCCGGCACUCAUUACACACAUCAAGGCUCUACUGAAGGAACAUGCCAAUGACAAUCCCAAACUGUCCUACACAGGAAAGCCCAUUGUCAAGUGGCCAAAGAGGCCCUCGUGGUACCAGCCUCCUCCUCCUCCACCACCUCCUCCUCGCCCUAAAUUGACCUCCACUCCCAUCGUCCCACGACCACAGAAACCAGCCUCUUCCAUGUCUGUCCUGAGACGGCGCAGGGUCAGGUGUAAGCGCUGUGAAGCUUGCAUGAGACCAGAGUGUGGAGACUGUAACUUCUGCAGAGACAUGAAGAAGUUUGGCGGACCAGGGAAGCUCAAGCAGACGUGUGUGCUACGACAGUGUCUCUCUCCGGGCCUUCCUCUGUCUGCAGUAUGUGAGAUCUGCAAGGAGCCCAAUCAGGAGGAAACUGGAGACCCCUCCCUCACUCUGAUGGAGUGUUCCAACUGUGCGCAGAUAGUCCAUCCUGCCUGCCUCACGGUUCAGGGUGAAGGAGUGGUGAAUAAAGACCUUCCCAGUUGCUGGGAGUGUCCAAAGUGUGUCCAAGGGAUCACUGACCAAGAGUCAUCAGGCAGCGAUGAAUCGUUGGCUGCCGGCCACCAGCAGCACAUCCGUCCCCAUGGCCCCCUGGUCCUCAGACUGGGCCCAGGGCCCUCUGCUACCAUAGGGGGUCCUGUGGGCACCCAGCAGGAUGGGGAGGUGGUCCGCUGUGGUUUCUUCCCUCCUCCUCCUCCUCUUCCUUCCUGCUCUUCCUCCUCAGCGUCACUUCUAUUGGUGGCGGCCCCUCUGCCUUCUCAGCCAAUCAGCUCGAGACUGUCUAAAGGAGAAAAAGGUGAAGGCCUCCCAGUGAAACGGAAAUCUUCCACCCUGCUGGACGCUCGUAUGGCUAAGAUUUACCGUCGACACAGGCACAGUCGCGAUGGAGACGACUCUGCCAGUGAUGACGAUGAUGAAGCCUCUCAGAGAAGAAAGAUGGCGCUCCAUGCCCGAGGGGGGGGCCACUCUUCCAGGAGGGGCUUUGGUGCCAACAGGAGAGGUCUGCUGAGAGGAGGCUCCUCCCACAGAGGGAGCAGAGGAGGAAUCAUGACUCCUGGCUCCUCCUCUGUCCUCAGGCUCAAGCGAGGGAUUGGCAUGAGGGAGGGUGGACGGAGGGGACGAGGGGUGAGGCUGAGGGGAGGCUCCAGGAUGCAGCGAAGAGGAGACGAGUCAGAGGAGUCGGACGAUGACGACGACGAUGAUGAAGAAGAGGAGGAGGAAGAGGAGGACAGUGAAGACGGAGACAAAGAGCGACUGCAACGUCGACGGAGGAGGCGGCGCAGGACAGAUGAUGAUGAAGAUGAGGAUGAGGACAGUGAGGGGCAGGAGUUCGACCCUGAAGAGGAGGAGAUGGACACGCUGGAAGAUGAGGAGGAGGAGGAAGAGGACAUGGAGGAGGAUGGCCGCUGGGAUUCAGACCCAGAACCUCCAGUCCUCUUGGUGUCUGAUUUGAAUGAUGACCUGCUGAGUGGCUCCUACCUGACUGUCACUCUGCAGCGCCCCCACAAGGCCAAGAGACACUCUGGCUCCAUAGUUCCAAAGCUUGAAGCAGCGAUGGGUCUGAGGACGGCUGCAGUGGGUGCUGGGGGUCAGCAGGGCUUCAUCCAGAGGAAGACUGCUCUGUCCAAACCUUCAAGACUUAAGGGCGCUGACACCACAGGAGACAGCGUAACCCCAAGAGGACCUGGCAGGCCACGUCUACGGGGUAACCAUGGCGACAGGGGCAAUAGAGAUCACUCUGCGACUUCUUCAGAGGAAGAGGACACUGCUGCUCCUCCUGCGCCCUCCUCCCUGUCUCCUCCUUCCCUGCUGUCUCUGCCGUCCUUCAAGGACGUGGGCAACGAGAGAGGAGGGGAGAAGGAGGUGUGGGUGUCUGUGUUCAGGUACCUGCACAGAGCCGAGCUGCUGGCCUGUAUGACCGUCUGUAAGGCGUGGUACAAGUGGAGCUGUGACAAGCGUCUGUGGAGUCACAUAGAUGUGAGCCGGUGCAGCCCGCUCAGUAACCAGGCCCUGGCUGGGAUCAUUAAACGCCAGCCCACAUCUCUGGACCUGUCCUGGACCCCUUUGGCCAAGAGACAGCUCAACUGUCUGCUCACCAGGCUCCCAGGUCUGAGGGAGUUGAGAGUGACUGGUCUGUCCUGGUCCUGUCUGUCAGCGCUGGUCUCUCCUACGCUGCCCUACCUGCGGCUGCUGGACCUGCGCUGGUGUGAAGGCCUGAAAGACGCACAGAUUAAAGAGCUCAUCACCCCGCCUGGUUCAGAGUCGUCUCGCAGCAGACUGAGGAACAUGGUGACGCUGUGUCUGUCCGGUCUGGACAUCAGUGAGUCCACUCUGAGGCUGCUGCAGCGCCACAUGCCCCAGCUGGAGAGGCUGGAUCUCGCUCACUGCAAGGAGAUAUCAGACUCGUCCAUCGCUUUACUGGCAGCAGCUGGGACUCACAGCCGCAACAGUCUCACUGAACUCACACUGGCAGGAUGCAGUGAGCUGACGGACGGCUGUCUCUCGUACCUGAAGCGUCUUUCCUCUCUGACGCUGCUGGACCUCAGAGGCUGUAAGGGCAUCAGCAGACGCGCCUGCGACGCCUUCAUCUCUGACCUGUCUCACGUCGCACUCUUCUGUAUGAUGGAGGAGAAGCUCAUCCAGCGCCUGGAUUAACACACACUGUUACACGAUCAGCUGUGAGAGAGGGGAGCUAAAAACUGUACAUGCUCAACCUAUUGUGUGUUGUUCUUCAAAACAUGAGGAGCUCCAAACCAGAAACAUUAAACAUGACCAAACUGGGAGCUCCUAAAACCACAAGUUCUCCUGAUACUACAUUUAAAUAAAGACCUCCUUCACGUUGUAGGGAGGUUUAUGUUUUUUCACUAUGCAUGACACUAGGCCAACAGUUCUCUCUCUUCCUGUCUUUGUGGCUAAACACAAACAAGCUUUUUAUUCUAAAAUUUCAGACUACUCCUUUAUAAAGUCCCAAAUUACAGACUGAAUUGACUCCAAAGAUUGUUGUAACUUCUUGGAGGUUCACGUUCUCUUCAUAUCCUCUGUCAUUGUCAGAAUGACCACACAAAAAGUAGACCCAGAAGAAGUCUGGCUAAAUAUGAAACUACCUUUAAUGUGUACAGACUGACGCAGGAUGACAUCUCUUCAUUAUUUGGGAGAAAAAAAAGGGGAAAAUAGACAUUUUGGUUCACUAAACUUGAACAAAUAAAUUCUCUGUGUGUACAGUGAAUCCCAUGUGUGUAUAUAUGUUUAUUUUUUUAUGUUUCAUCCAUGUUAGGAUCUGUCAGACAACUGACAUUGUACAUUUUUUCUAACAGUGUUAAAAACUUAAUAAAAAUGGUUGAACUUUG